GGUUAGGUUCCAAACUCAAUCAUACAAUCCCUUGCGGGUCCUUCACACUUCUCUCCUAACAAGAACUUCAAUGGCUGUCACCAACAAAGACGAAACCAGCAGCCCCAAUGCAUCUUCUUCUCCGAUCUUCAUAUCUGCAGAUAGCUUAUGCAGUAUCCUCACCCACCACACUCUCAUAAGCCACUUCCGAUCCACACUCCCUCAAGCCUCAACCAUUCUCCAAACCACGAUUCGCCAACACUACCCUCUCUCUUCUUCUUCCUCCCUUCUCCUCAUGCCCUGUUGGUCCUCUUCCCCGUCUCUCCCUUACGUCGGCGUCAAACUCGUCACCCAUUUUCCGCAAAACUCCGCUCUCAAUUUGCCCGGCGUGCAGGGAAGCUAUGUCCUUUUCAGCUCCACCACUGGCCAAACCCUGGCUUCCAUGGAUUCCACCGAACUCACCCUUUACCGGACCUCAUGCGUAUCUGGCUUGGCUUCCAAAUACCUAGCCAGACAAGACAGCCAGGUUCUGGUUAUGGUUGGCGCGGGUGCCCUGGCACCGCACCUGAUUAAAGCCCAUCUUUCCGCCGUACCCAGUUUGAGAAAAGUCUUCAUCUGGAACAGAACUGUGGAAAAGGCAACCACUUUGGCUAUAAAACUUAAGGAAAGUGGGGAAUUUGCUGAGGUGAGUUUUGAGGGUUGUGGGUGUUUGGACGAGGUUGUCGGAUUGGGGGACAUUGUGAGUUGCGCCACGAAUUCCGAGAAACCUCUUGUGAAGGGGGAGAGGAUGAAGGCUGGGGCUCAUUUGGAUUUGGUGGGUUCCUUUAAGCCUUCGAUGAUGGAAUGUGAUGACGAAGCCAUGAGGAGGGGAAGGGUGUUCGUGGACAAUGAGGCCGCGAUAGUUGAAGCAGGGGAGCUGGUGGGGGCUUUUGAGAGAGGGACCAUCACGAAAGAUGAGAUUGGAGGAUGUUUGGUGGAGCUUGUGAGAGGUGACAAGAUUGGGAGAACCACUUCUGAGCAGAUAACUGUGUUCAAAUCUGUUGGUUCCGCUGUUGUAGAUUUGAUCACAGCACAGUUGGUGUAUGAGACUUACAUAAGGAGCUAGGUACACUAUAUUGGUUGUGUUUGUGCUAAAUAGUUCAAUAAGAUUUAUGAAGUUAGUAAUAGUCAUCGUGCAGUGCUUCAAAGAACUUUAAGCAAUUAGAUGAUUGAUGUUUAUAAAUGCUUUUAUACAUUGAUAUACUAGUUGCUUUGAAAAAGCAGUAAUAUACUAGUAAUUGUAACAUAAAAGUUGUUCUUUUACCAUGGGAGAAGUUCGGCACUGGCCAUGAAUCAUGUCAACUAUGGCAUUGCAACUCUUUUCUCAUUUAUGAAUUCCUAAAGACUUACUGUGGGAGUAUAAUAAACUUUAUGCCUUACUUCACUAUAGAAAUUGCCUUAUGAACAUGUUGCUCUCAGUGAAUAUACCAAUAGAAAGAUUAAACGCGCCAAUUUGCAAAUCUACGAGUUGCAAUUAAUCUUCUGAAGUCAGGCAUAUCAAGGUGUCAUCAAACUACCAAAAUCAGAUGCUACAAAAACACAGAGGAGCCAUUUCAAAACUUGGUAAACGUUGUUUUGUUUAGAGGUACAGCGCAUGCCACGAGAACACAUGUCACAGAGAAGUGUGAUUAAACGUUGUACUACUGAAAAAAUGUCAGCAUUUGGACUCUGUUCCUGAAUAAACCCUUGGGUCUAACCAAAGUUUGUUAACGCAGAAAAAUUGUGAUUCCUGUAAUAAAUUCAAAUCAAAUGUGAUGAUCAACU